AUGAGACGAUUUAAUCCAGACUGGUUUGAUCUCUAUAGUGGUUGGUUGGAAUACAGUGUAAAAAAGGAUAAAGCUUACUGUUUGGGUUGCUACUUGUUUAGAGAUUACCUUGAAAAUAAAAGUGGAAGUGAUACGUUUGCGACGAAAGGUUUCGAUACUUGGAAAAAUCCUCAGAGUUUACGCGAACACGUGGGAUUGGUGAAUAGCUUUCACAAUAAUGCAUUAAAAAGGGCUGAUUGUUUGAUGAGGCAAGGUCAAUCAAUUGUUCAUGCUUUUUAUAAGCAAGAUGACAUAGUAAAAGGAGAAUACAGAAUCAGACUGAACGCUUCAAUUGAUUGUUGUAGAUAUUUAGUACGACAAGGAUUAACUUUUCGAGGCCAUGAUGAGUCAGUGGAUUCAGCAAACAGGGGGAAUUUCUUAGAGCUUGUGAAAUAUACUGCAGGGCAAAAUGAGGUUGUAAGUAAAGUUGUGUUGGAGAAUGCUCCAAAGAAUAAUCAGAUGGUAUGUCCCAAAAUUCAAAGAGAUAUAGUGCAUUGCUUUGUAGAGGAAGUGAUUAGAUCUAUAAUUCAAGAAGUUGAUCAUGAUGUAUUUUGCUUGAUGGUGGAUGAAUCUGCAGAUAUUUUUGAUAAAGAACAAAUGGUAGUGGUUUUUCGUUUUGUUGAUAAACAUGCGACAGUGAAAGAAAGAUUUAUUGGUCUUAUCCAUGUUAAGGAAACAUUUUCUGCAUUUCUGAAAUGUGCUAUUGAUUCAUUGUUUGCUAAACAUGGAUUGAGUAUAAAACAGAUAAGAGGACAAGACUAUGAUGGUGCAAGUAAUAUGAAAGGUGAAUUCAAUGGGUUGAGAUAUCUAAUUUUGAGAGAAAAUAGUUCUGCAUAUUAUAUCCACUGCUUUGCGCAUCAGCUUCAGUUAGUCGUCGUGGCAGUUGCUAAAAAACAUUUUGAAAUUGGAGAUUUCUUUGAUAUGAUUUCUGUCUUGAUAAAUGUGGUUGAAGCUUCUUGUAAGAGAAAGGAUAGGGUUCGAGAUGAAUUUCGGAAAAAGCUGGAGGAAGGAAUCAAUCAAGUUGAUUUAUUCUCUUUUAUCAUUAAAAUGCUUGAGUGGAUCGAAGAUGAUGGAACUGAUAGUACCAAAAGACGACAAGCUAAUGUGGCUCUACAAAGGAAAGACCAAGACAUUCUGAAUGCUAUGUCACUAGUGAAAUCCACCAAGCAACAUUUAUUCAAUCUCAGAGAUGAUGGAUGGGAUUCUUUUCUUAAUGAAGUUUUUCUUCUUGAGUAUAAUGAUUGUUUCGAUGAGGUAAACACCGAAUUACUUGGUUGUGUUGCUUCUUUAAGCCCUACUGAUUUGUUUCGUGAGUUUGAUCAGUUAAAAGUUAUGAGAUUGGCUGAAUUUUAUCCACAAGAUUUUACUCGUGUUGAUUGGAGAUCACUCGAGCAUCAGCUUGGUCUUUACAUUGACAAUAUUCGGGAAGAUGACAGAUUUGCUAAUUUGAAGAGUCUAGGAGAUCUUGCACGUGUUAUGAUCGAGACAAGGAAACACCUUUCGCAUCCUCAGGUUUAUCGACUUUUGAAGGUAGUUUUGACUUUACCUAUAGCCACUGCUACUGUUGAAAGAUGCUUCUCUGCUACUGUUGUGAAGACUACUUUGCGCAACCGUAUAAGUGAUCAGUUUCUAAACGACUAUGUGGUUUGUUUAGUUAAAAGAGAACUAUUUGAUACGGUGAUAAAUAAGGUAGUGAUCAAAAGAUUUCAGAGUAUGGAAAAUCGUAUGAUAGCUCUAUAG